AUGACAACACAUGCAACAACACCGCUUGAUAUUCAUUCUCCUCAUCAUACAUUAUAUAGCAAUCGAAUUUAUGCUCGUACGACAACAACAGCAACGGCAGCAGCACGUUCAUCACUUGUAAAUCGACCAUUUCAUUCAUAUUUAAAAACAUUCCCACCCAUAAAUAUAUGUGAAAAUCUUUUAUAUGAUGUAACUAUAGCUGGUGACGUUGGAUCAGCUACAUCAUCAUCGUAUAUUAAUAGUAGCGAACAUUAUGAUAAUACAUUUGCAAAUACUUAUGAUAAUCCAAUUCAGUAUUUUGAAAAGUAUCCUUCAAAAUCAAUUGAUAUUGUUAAAGGAAGUUUAAAUGAACUUCCACAUUCUAAUGAGAAUUUUUAUGAUCAUGCUAAAGACGAUCAUGAUGAUGAAAAUUGUUCAACAACUACUACUCGUAGUACAUCACCUGUUCUUUUUUAUUUGGAAAAUAAAAACUUAGCCAUAUGUGCAUGUAUUAUUUCACUUCUUUUAUUAUUACUUAUUGGUCUAGGAAUUUUUUUAUUAAAUAAACUUAUUCGUCCUGUUAUUAUUAAUACUACAGUAAAUAAUCAUUAUGGUAUAAUGAAUAUGUCGAAUACAACAACAACAACAACAGUGAUUUCAUCUCGUUCAACGACUUCUAAACCACUUGUAAUGUUAUUAAGACGAUCAUCAACUGAUAUUUUAACAACAACGACUAGUACAUUGAUAAGAAAUGAAUUUGAAUUUUCCUGUCCGCCGAAUCGUUGGGGAAGGACAUGCGAGAAUCUAUGUAAACCAUGUGGUCUCGGUGUAUGUCAUCGGAUUACAGGCAAUUGUAUUUGUCCAGAAGAUAUGUAUGGGGAAUUCUGUGAUUUAUGGAAAGUUAAUGAUAAACCAAAACGUGGCGAUAUGAUGAGUUGA